AUGGUAACUGAAAAGAAAAAUAUUUCAACUGAAUUUCUGGAAUUUGAAGAAAGAAAAACUCAAAGACCAAAACUUUUAAAUGAAAUCAUCAUCAAAAAUAGCAUUAAUGAAAAAGGGAAAAGACAAACAAGAGAAAUUAAUUGUCGUAAAAAAAUUAUAGAAAUUUCAAAUAACAACAUUGAUGCUACAAUUGAUAAUGAAUGUCUACCUAAAUUUACUCCAAUAGAGCCACCGACUGAUUUAAUAAAUAGCUUAAAAGAAUUUUUACCCAAGAUUAAAGAAGAUAAUGAAAGACUUGAAAAACUUAUGAAACAAGAUCCCAAAGCUGUUAAUAUGGAAUAUAUCGAAGAUGAUUCCAAGGGUUUUAUAGAAUUGGAUCUUGGAUUAGGAGUGUUUUCAUCAAUAGACAACGAAUCAUCAGAUGAAAUUGAUGGUGAUACUGAUUAUUAUACUGCCAGUGAUUUCAUUAGAGAUGCUAUUAACAGCAUGAAUAGUGAGUGA